GAAAAAAAGGAAAAACAUAUCUUAUUCAGUUUUGAUUCGCUUGGAUCAAGUGUUAAGAUUUUGUCUGCAUUGCAAAUUGUCAAGCAGGAAACCCAUGGCGCUGAUCAAAUAUCCGCACGGUUAUGACUUGAUAAUCACACCUGCACUGACAAUAUGGCGAUAUUCCAAGGACUCUGCUUUGUCCUUGUGUUGGCAUCUUUAUGUCUAUGUACACACGGGUACACGCUGACCUACAAGACAGAGCUACUUGGUCACAAGCAAUGAUGAUGGCGUCCUUGUUGGUUUCGAUGUUGACCUCGUUAAGGAAGGAUUGAUGUCUGGCUGGUUCGACGCCUGUACCGGCUACUUCAACACACCAGAUCGUUCCAACAGCUGGGACUUCACCUCCCCGUACCUUGUCUCUUUCGGCACCUUCAAAGUGGCGCCCGGAAAUCCGACCGGCUUUGACCCAGCCUCAUACGACUUCAGCGAAUACACUAUCGUUUAUGCCGAAACCGCCAUCACCAACGACCACUGCCUGCAUCGCCUACACAAGAAAGUAGGGAAGAUGAUGAUUGUGACUGGUCCAGAGGAGGCUCAGGAGGCUGUUCUUAAUGGCACGGCUUCUGCCUGGUUCACCAAGGAGCUAAACAUCAAAACCCUGGAGACUCUCCCCGGCGAGUUCCACUGCGAAAACGUCGGUACUAGCAUUAUGGCCAAGAAGGGGUCACAGCUCCCUGGUUGGUGGAAUCCGGCCUUCGCAGAAUUCUACGAUUCCGGUGACUACAACCGUUUCUGUGAGGAGCAAUCAAAGAUGUAUGGUGGUAAAUUUACGUUCCCAUGCCUGCCCAAACCUGAAGAGAAGAACAGACAGACCCAGUUCUAAAAAAAGACAAGUAACACACAUACACACACACACACACACACACACACACACACACACACACACACACACACACACACACACACACACACACACACACGCGCGCACACACAUAUGUCAUACAUGAAAAACCAAAUUGAAAUAUGAAACGUUUUCUUCCUUCCCUUUCUCAAAAUCGUCAUACUUUUUUAACACCCCCAGAAAUCUAUGAAUUGUUCUUAUAAGUUUAUAUUAAAAUGAAAUUAAUGCUCAUAAAUCUUCAAAGGCAAGCACUGUACAUGUAUUAUUGGUGACAAUAAAUAUAUAAUAAACAGGUAUUGAAAGAAGAGACA